CGCACGGCAGUCAGUCGUUAACGGGCAGCCCCGAUAUCGGUGCUUCUCCGUCUCUUCGCGUAGUUAAUCUCCACCUUAAAAAGAGCCGAGAUUAAGAGAGAAGUGAGCAUAGCGGGAGAGAGGAGAGAAGACCGCGGGGGAGACGAGGGGAAGAGAAAGAGAAGAAUGAUGAAAGGGGGGAGGAGGAGAGCCGAUCAUUCCGGCUGCCCGCAUCUGCUGCUCUAGUGGAGGGGAAAGAGAGAGGGAGUGUGUGAGAUGGCACAACGCUUCAGCAUCCAAAACAUACGGGAGUGGUGCGCCACCGAGACCGGAGCCCCGGACCCACCCGAAGCAGCAUCGCACUCAGCGGUCUCCCGUCACGCCUUUUCCCCGCACGGCAGCGCCUCAGCCACGGUGAGAGGCAUUAAUCAUCACUCCCUCAGUCUCUGCAUGUGAUUCCUCCGUGAAGAUUGGAAGAACCUUGACAACGUUUCCCUCAAUGAAGACCUUUGUUCCCCAACAUCCAGCACAUCUCCCUUCUCCACCUGCCAUGGUGACAUGACACACCCCUGAGUGGCUUUGCUCCUUUCUCGCACACACAGACAAUCUCUUGGGCUCCUCGAACCCCUAGACUCUCUAACUAGAAAUAAGACAUCUCCUCCUACACACAACACCUCCCCACUUCACAAUGACAGUGGCCGUGCGUUUCCGCCGCCACUUACGCAGGCUCCUGCUCCUGCUGGCUUCCUGCUGUCUCCUCUCCCUCCUUCUCUCUGCUUAUUUUCUAUUUACAAACUCUUCCCCAUCCAUGCAGCUUGGACAAUCCCCAGAACCUGCCUGCUCCCAGCCGCUCUCCCCUUACCAUCAACUUCCAUACCCAUACCCCCCUAACCCUCCUCACACACAUGUGCACACUGACCCGGUCGUGCUGGUGCUGGUGGAGUCCCAGUACUCCCAGCUGGGUCAGGACAUUGUGGCUAUAUUGGAGUCAGCACACUUCCAGUUUCGUAUGGAGAUUGCCUCAGGCAAGGGUGACCUCCCGCCGCUGACAGAGAAAGGCCGCGGACGAUAUUCGCUCAUCAUUUAUGAGAACCUAUUAAAGUAUGCACAUGCAGACACAUGGAACAGACAGCUGUUGCAUCAAUACUGCACAGAGUACAGAGUGGGCAUCAUAGGCUUCUACCGCUCCACUGAGAACUCCCCACCUCUCCUCAAACUCAGAGGCCUCCCGCUGGUGCUCAGAACCAACCAGGUGCUAUGGGACUGCUGUGUGGUGUCUAGCUCCCCUCUCCUCCACCUCACCAAGCCUGGCACAGAUCGAGGGGCUUUACCCGGGGAAGACUGGACAUCCUUUUCAUCUAAUCACUCCACCUAUCAAGCUGUGCUGCAUGCACGGGCCAAGGAUGGUGCAGGGGCAGGUAGUGGAGAUAAUCCAGGGCCUGGCUUUAGUUUGGGCCUCCAAGCGACUGUGGUGCAGGACAUGGGACUCUAUGACGGGGUGAGGAGGGUACUUUUUGGCCAGGGACUGGGCUACUGGCUCCACAGACUCAUCUUGGUGGACGCCAUCUCCUAUCUCACUGACAGGAAGCUUACUUUGGGCCUGGACCGGCACAUACUGGUGGAUAUAGACGACAUUUUUGUGGGGAAGGAAGGGACACGGAUGAACGCCAAGGAUGUGAAGGCUCUCCUUGAUACUCAGAAACAGCUGCGCUCUCAGAUCUCCAACUUUACCUUCAACCUCGGCUUCUCUGGGAAAUUCUACCACACAGGCACGGUGGAGGAGGAUGAGGGAGACGAUUUACUACUGAAGUACGUGGAUGAGUUCUGGUGGUUCCCCCACAUGUGGAGCCACAUGCAGCCUCACCUCUUCCACAACGAGUCCUCACUGCUGGAGCAGAUGGUCCUCAACAAGGAGUUCGCUCUGGAGCACAACAUCCCAGUGGACAUGGGCUACGCUGUGGCCCCUCACCACUCAGGCGUCUACCCAGUUCACCUGCAGCUGUACAAGGCUUGGAGACGUGUGUGGAACAUCCAGGUCACAAGCACUGAGGAAUACCCCCACCUCAAACCUGCACGCUACCGCAAGGGCUUCAUCCACAACAACAUCAUGGUGCUGCCCCGCCAGACGUGUGGCUUGUUUACUCACACCAUCUACUAUAAGGAAUACCCUGGUGGACCUAAAGAACUGGACAAAAGCAUCCGUGGGGGAGAGCUGUUUCUCACCGUGCUCCUCAACCCAAUCAGUAUAUUCAUGACCCACCUGUCUAACUAUGGCAACGAUCGACUGGGUCUUUACACGUUUGUCCACCUGGCCUCCUUCCUUCGCUCAUGGACCAACCUGAGACUUCACACGCUCCCACCUCUGCAGCUUGCACACAAGUACUUCCAGCUCUUUCCAGAACAAAGGAACCCUCUCUGGCAGAACCCAUGUGAUGACAAGCGACAUAAAGACAUCUGGUCUAAAGAAAAAACCUGUGACAGGUUACCCAAGUUCAUGGUCAUAGGCCCUCAGAAAACAGGAACGACAGCACUUUAUCUCUUCCUACUCAUGCAUCCCUCCAUCUCCAGUAACUUUCCCAGUCCAAAGACUUAUGAGGAGGUCCAGUUCUUCAACACCAAUAACUACCACAAAGGAAUCGACUGGUACAUGGAGUUUUUCCCCGUGCCCUCAAAUGUUAGCACGGACUUCCUUUUUGAGAAGAGCGCCAACUACUUCCCCUCAGAGGAGUCCCCAAAGCGAGCUGCUGCCCUGCUGCCCAAGGCCAAGAUCAUCACCCUGCUCAUCAACCCCUCUGACAGGGCCUAUAGCUGGUAUCAGCAUCAAAGAGCCCAUGAGGACCACGCAGCCCUGCGGUUCACCUUCUAUGAUGUCAUCAGUGCAAGACCGGGAGCACCGGCUGAACUGCGCUCUCUGCAGAACCGCUGUCUCAUUCCUGGGCUCUACUCGUCACACCUAGAGAGGUGGCUCACUUACUACCCUGCUAACCAGGUGAUGAUCAUCGACGGCCAUCAGCUGAGAACUGACCCUGCAGCAGUGAUGGAUGAAGUCCAGAAGUUCCUGGGAGUCACUCCUCACUUCAACUACUCCCAGGCCCUUACGUUUGACCCUCAGAAGGGCUUUUGGUGCCAGCUUCUUGAGGGAGGAAAGACAAAAUGUUUGGGGAAGAGCAAAGGCAGAAAGUACCCUCCUAUGGAGCCAGAGGCACAUGCAUAUCUCUCCAGGUACUACAGGGAACACAACGUGGAGCUGUCAAAGCUGCUGCAUCGCCUCGGACAGCCCCUUCCCUCCUGGCUAAGAGAGGAGCUGCAGAAGGUUAGAUAACCUUUGCAUCCAUGAACAAGGGUUAAAGGUCAAGGGGUCGAAGACCAGGAAGUGACCAGGAGCACCUGACCUUCAGAUGCACUGUCUGUGGCCUUUUAGUGAACCUGAGGUGAAGGCAAGGACGGGAUGCCUUGUUUCACCUGGGAGCUGUGGCACUGCUGAAGGGAGCAGAAGUCAUGGAAGCGCAAAGAAACUCUGAUGGGCUGAAACUGAACUCCCGGAUGGAUAAGUGGGUGGAUGGAUGGAUGAGUGGGUGGGUGGGUGGAUGGAUGAGAGUUUCAGGUGACCUACAGCUCUGCAGAAAGUGGGACUAAAAGAAAGAGCCACAUUAUAAGGAUGAGGAGAAUUAUGGGAGACAAGGAGCAUUUUGCAAGUCUUUGACACCCACACCUUGUUCUGAACUGCGGUGAACUCUCCUGCAGACCUGCAGUGACUUUGAUGGUUAUUCCUUUCUGUUUUAUUUUCACCUUUAAUUUAUGAUGCCACAGCAGCGCUGGUCAGCUGUGCGUGGUUUCCAUAGAGAUGACUUUGCACUUUGAAGUUCUGUUCCAUGUAUCUCCAAGACAAAAAAAACCCCACACACCUUUUGUGGUUUUGUUUUAUUAUUCUUUAGGUUUUUUUUAUCACAAAGGGAGUGAAUAAGCAGGGAGGAUAAGUGCAUAGACUCAGGGUGAGUGAUAGGCUGUUACUUUCCAUGACAGGUUUGUUUUGUGAGUUAAUUUUUUUUAAAUGAAGCUAGUUUCUGAUAGAUCUGGUAGCCGUGUUCACCAUUAGAGAUGUCACUUGAGGCUUUCACUGGAAACUAUGGACUGGAAAUGAGUCACUGAAGCAAGAUGCAUUGCCCGCUCAUUAUUUUCCUGUGACAAGCCAUGCAGAAGAAGGCCGUGUCCAUUUAGCGGAGCAUGAGCACUGAUGAUUUAAGCGCUAAGGACCGAGGGGGACACGAGUUUGCAGGGAAGACAACUGACCAAAAUGAGCCUAAUAGAUAUGACAUUUAAUUCCAAGACUCUUUAAGUAGCUACUGUAACCGCAGGCAGUUUAUUGUUUUGUCAGUGUCUCAUUUAAGUCUCAACCUCCUUUUCUUUUCCUUUUUAAAACCAGUGGCCUACGUUGUUGAGCUUCAAUUUGAAUGCAAAAAACCCUAAAUGUCAAACACAGAAACCAAAAUUAAAGAAAUGGAUAUGA